ACAGUCUAAAAAAAUAUGGAGUAAUGUAUAUUGAACAAUUACUAAAUGCAGAUAUGACAAAAAUAUUAGAAUUAAAACGGAUCCAUCAAUAUGAAAUCCCAAAACAUAAUACAACCUGGUAUAUAGAUCUCAGCAAUAAAAUAGAACAAAAUUGGGAAUAUAUAAAGAACUCGUCAAAAGCAAAUCCCAUUAACAGACUAACAUUAAUAAACAAAUUUUCAAACUUAAAGGGGAAAAUAAUAACUACAGAUCAUACGCAAGGACCUAUCAUGGGAAAAAUAACUCGCGAGCUCAAAUCACGUGACCAAACUGUAGUGAUGAGGCAUAUGAUUCAAGAAACAACAGAACAGGAGACAUUUUCGCCACUUAAAGCAUGUGAAGGAUGUCCGUUACAAGAAUCACUCCCUACACUAGACACAAAAACUAAAGGAUCAAAUACCAAAUACUGUGCAAUUACUGCAGACGUUACAAAAGUUAGUUAUUUACCAACUAGAAACUCACGUGUCUCAAUUGGAAAUCCAGAAGAUAAAAGAAUCAAAACCAGAAUUGUAAUAUCUCCUCGCUCCCUACAACACUAUCAUGAAAAUAAUCCAAAGCCAGUUAUUAAAAAACAAUUUAAACAUAAUAUAAAUGAUCACACAUUCUUACAAAAAAUCAUUGAUACAGAUACACAAACGUUAGAAAUGUUAGAAGAAUAUACUAGAAAAUUACAAAGAAGCAAACAAAUAAUAGCAUACACAGAUGGAUCCCUUAUCACAGAUGUGUCUUCAAAUAGCUUAACCAUAGAACUAAAAAAACAACGCAUGGGCUUUGGGACAAUAUGUCUUGUGGAAAAUCUCAACCUAGGAAGAAUCGAAUGGAAAGGAAAAGUGGAAGGUCCACCUUCAUCAACAAGAGCUGAACUAUGGGCUAUUCUUUCAGUCCUAUGGGUAAUUCCUAACAAAACCUCGAUAAAAAUAAUUACAGAUAGUGAAUCUUCAAUUAAAGCAAUCAAAGGAUACACAGAUGAGCGUAAGGGAAAACACUGGAGUAAUUACAGUAAUCCAUUAAUACUGCAAACAAUCAAAGAAUUAAUAUAUACAAAAGAAAUCAACUUAGAACUAGAAAAAAUCAAAGCACAUCAAGGGGAUUACAACAAUGAAAGAGCAGAUGAAUUAGCAAAACUCGGAUCAAACUCAGGAUCUAUUUUUUCAAUAAAUUCCAAAUAUUUACGAGAGCAACAAUUUAGACAUAAAUGGAAUGAUAACAAUAUUGAUGUGUCAGUUAAAGAACUUGUUAAAACAAAAGGAGAAAUUGAAUCAACCAUUUCCUGGUUUACACAACACCGAAUAUAUAAAUGGCUAAACAAAAACAUAAGGAAAGAAACAAAUUGGAAAUGGUCACAAGAGGUGUGGCAAAAUUCCAAAAUCACUGACAACAAAACUUCAACUAGAGAUAACUCACUUCGCUCUUUCUCAAUAAAAUUACUAAAUGAGGAACUCCCAACAAUGAAAGUAUUACAUACAAGAAAACCUGAGAUAUAUAAAGAUAAGAAAUGUCCUUUCUGUAAUAUAUAUGAUGAAACCAAUACACAUGUUUUCAUGUGCAAAAAUACUCCAAACACCUUAAAAAAUACUUUCUGUUAUAUUCUAAAAAAAGUAUUUACACAAGAAACAGGAAAGAAAACUGAUCCAAAUAUGUUAAAGAAAAUAUACAAUAGCCACUUUCUUCAAGUAGAUAUAGGAAGACAAAUAAGAGACACCCUCCCUGUUGACCGGUUUGCAUAUAAUGAUUUAGUUAAAGGAUUAAUCCCUCGAUCAAUAUAUAAUAUAGUGAAAAACUACAUAAAUCAAGCUGCAAUAACGAAAACGGUCAUACUCAAAACAUUUUACAAAUGGAAAGAAAUACUUCGGUCCACUUGGAUAAUGAGAUGUAAGGAAUUUUUAAAAUGGGAAAUAUCAAAUGAAAUCAAUGAAAUAAAAAAGAAAAGUAAAGGGAAAAGACCAUUUGAUGACUUUGAAUAUUUAGAACUUAAAAAACAAUUAGUACAAUGGGGAAAGAAAAUAUCUAUAGAGGUUAUUGAUAGAAGUUACAAAUACAAUUCAGACAUUUUAAAUAAUAUAUUCUUUUGUAUCGACGUAGGUGGGGUUGAAACCUAUCA